CCGGUCUUGUUCUGCGUGUGACAAGGCGCUUAUGGUAUUUAAAACAGCACCGUCGACAAACACCGUGCUGAAGUGGACAGCUCCCGUUCAGAUGAAGAAAAGAAAGCCACACGAUACUUAGACAACCAACCAUCGAUCUAGUCACAGUUUGAUUUGGUUCGUCCAGCGGGACGGGUCUGUCUCUCACGGUGAGCUGACAUUCAACAGCGUUUGUUUUAUAUAAUCAUCACCAUCCAGAUGUGCAUCUAAGAAGACGGCGACGGCAUUAAUGGACUUUCCGUUAUUUAUUUGUUGCGAGCCGACGCUGACGGAGUUGUUCUGUCUGGAUACUGUGGAGUUGUUCUGUCUGGAUACUGUUUAAUAGGAAACACCUGUAGCUGAAUCUGCUACACAGUCUCUAAUAUAUUGGACUAUUAUUACCCACAAACCAACAGAAAUGUUUUGAUACACUAUCUAUUUUCUGCAGGCAGGGAGGGCUGGUCUCUCUGACGCCGUCGGCCAUCUAAUCUCCAAUGCAAAAGAGCGAAGGUAAAGCCAUUUACUGGUCCAUUAAUAUCUAAGCUUCUCUCUCGGCUCUCUGUGCUGCUCGCAGACAGGAACAUGGAUAGAGAGGAAUUCGCUGUGACAAGAGCUUUGACUGGAUUCGUAUGGAUGGUGUUCUCUUGUCCAAACUAAAAAAUAAAAUCAAAAAGACAGUGGAAUCGAGCUCAACAACCGACCACAGUGCGUCUGGCGGUUCGCGAUCACCAUCCUUUUUUGUUGUUGUUGCGCACCGCUUUUAAAAAAAUUAAUUGAAUGCAUUUUUAAUGUAGCCGGGGGAGAUCAGAGGUGGGCUUAUAUUUGAAUUAAAAAACAACCAUGGGGGGCACAGAUGAGUGUAAAACCAUGCUGGAUGCUCUGAACAAAGUCACAGCGUGCUACAGGCACCUGGUCAUCGCGCUGGGCAGCACAUCGGACUCUCAGAACCUGCGAGAGGAACUCAAGAAGACCCGGAAGAAAGCCCAGGAGCUCGCGGUGGCCAACCGGAAUAAACUAACCGAGUUGCUCAAAGACAAGACCACCAGCAAGGACGACCGGGCUGAGUAUGAAAGGCUAUGGGUGCUGUUCACCAGCAGCAUGGAGCUACUGGAAGUGGACAUGAAGCGGAGCUUGGAGAUAGGGCAGGAGUUCCCCCUCAAGGUGCCCACCAGACACCUCAUCCAGACGGGCAUGACCGGCAGCACCACCACGGUGGCCGCCAGGGCCAUGUCUGUGCAGAACAUGAAGUACGACGCGGACAGCAACAUCGACACUGCCGACCUGAAGGAGCUCCAGGCUGAGAUCACCCAGGUGGGCCAGAUGAUGGAGGAGAUGGAGAUGAAGGUGCAGGUGGCUCCGUGGGCCGUGGAGGCCAAGCAGGAGGCCGGCGCCGAGCUCAAAUCCACCCUGAGCGUCGGGAACUCCUCCGUGGGCGUCAUUUCCAUCUGUGAAGAGGAGCCCAAAGACGAGAUAGAUGAAGGGGGUGACAAUAACGGAAUGAUCACAUGUAUCGCUGGGUUCAUAUUCGUUGCUAUUGUAGUAAUCGCCGGGAUUCUAGGAUACUUCGUAAUCGGUGGAUAGGAUACUUAGUAUUGGACGUUUUGAGCCAGCCUGGGAAUACUUCACAGAUAAACAGCGGGCGCAGCUCAGAGACAGAUACAGCCCGGGAUGGACACUAGGCAGGUUAUAUGCCCGGAGAAACGGCUCUGUUGUUGAGGAGAGAGAGACUAGCGCGAGGAGCUGUCCAGGCGCUGAAAACUGUUGCGUCUGCAUCCCAAAUGGCACCGAUUCCCCAUAUAGUCCUCUACUUUAGACCAGAGUCACUGCAAGGCGUUAUUCCACAUAUAGUCCUCUACUUUAGACCAGAGUCACUACAAGGCGUUAUUCCACAUACAGUCCUCUACUUUAGACCAGAGUCACUGACCAACUAAUAUAUAGCCCUUAUAGCAGAUAACAGAGGGCUGGACUACCACAACUAAUAUAUAGUCCUUAUAGUAGAUAACAGAGGGCUGGACUACCACAACUAAUAUAUAGCCCUUAUAGUAGAUAACAGAGGGCUGGACUACCACAACUAAUAUAUAGCCCUUAUAGCAGAUAACAGAGGUCUGGACUACCACAACUAAUAUAUAGCCCUUAUAGCAGAUAACAGAGGUCUGGACUACCACAACUAAUAUAUAGCCCUUAUAGCAGAUAACAGAGGUCUGGACUACCACAACUAAUAUAUAGCCCUUAUAGUAGAUAACAGAGGGCUGGACUACCACAACUAAUAUAUAGUCCUUAUAGUAGAUAACAGAGGGCUGGACUACCACAACUAAUAUAUAGUCCUUAUAGCAGAUAACAGAGGGCUGGACUACCACAACUAAUAUAUAGCUCUUAUAGCAGAUAACAGAGGUCUGGACUACCACAACUGAUAUAUAGCCCUUAUAGUAGAUAACAGAGGUCUGGACUACCGCAUCUAAUAUAUAGCCCUUUUGUCUACAGGGGGUAGAUGAUCAGGUCCUCCUCAUAGCUGGAGCAGAGGGAGGGUUUUGUCAACAGGGGGUAGAUGAGUAGGUCCUCCUCAUAGCUUAAGCAGAGGGAGGGUUUUGUUAACAGGGGGUAGAUGAGUAGGUUCUCCUCAUAGCUGGAGCAGAGGGAGGGUUUUGUCAACAGGGGGUAGAUGAGGAGGUCCUCCAGUGGCAGGCAGGUAGCACUGUUCACUCGCCUCGCAGUCCCAGCUGUCUGACUGCCUUGUACAAGAUGAAGUUCAUUACUACGUUCCCACUAUCUCAAUGAUGUCAGCCAGCACAAAUCUUCAGAGGAAUCCUCAGACUGAGCAUUGAAUUCAUCCCUGCCAGGUCCCUGCCAGCUUGCAGUCCUCCUCAGGGGUCAGGAGACCAUAAAAACAAGCAAAAAAUAUGGUGGGGUAUUCAAACCAAAACACACUAGCUAACUAGCUUGCUAGCAUUGUUAACUAGCUAUGUUGAAAUAACUGAUUUUCCAUUAUAUUCACAGGUAGGAAACACAUUGAUUUUACCCAGACUUAGUCUAUACCCGUUGAGCUAAUUCAAAACCAAAUAUCUAACUAAAAUAUGCAAACAAACCAAAACAAAUCAAAAUGAUUAAAUAUUAACUAAAUGUACUGGAGCUCUCUGCCUAGGCGACCUCAUAGCGCCAUGGCAACAUGUGUAGAAUGGCAGGGAAUUUGCUCUCUGCCUCAUGGCAACAAAAAUACAUCCUUGCUCGAACCGUGCAGGUGGCCCCACCAAACUGCCCUUUACCAUUGACCAGAGCCCUAUAGGGACUGGCACUAUAUAGGGAAUAGGGUGCCAUAGGGCUCUGGUCUAAAGUAGUGCACUAUAUAGGGAAUAGGGUUCCAUAUGGCUCUGGUCUAAAGUAGUGCACUAUAUAGGGAAUAGGGCCCUGGUCUAAAGUAGUGCACUAUAUAGGGAAUAGGUUCUCUGGUCUAAAGUAGUGCACUAUAUAGGGAAUAGGGCUCUGGUCUAUAAUAGUACCACUAUAUAGGGAAUAGGACUCUGGUCUAAAGUAGUGCACUAUAUAGGGAAUAGGGCUCUGGUCUAAAGUAGUGCACUAUAUAGGGAAUAGGACUCUGGUCUAAAGUAGUGCACUAUAUAGGGAAUAGGGCUCUGGUCUAAAGUAGUGCACUAUAUAUGGGGCUCUGGUCUAAAGUAGUGCACUAUAUAGGGAAUAUGGCUCUGGUCUAAAGUAGUGCACUAUAUAGGGAAUAGGACUGGUCUAAAGUAGUGCACUAUAUAGGGAAUAGGGCUCUGGUCUAAAGUAGUGCACUAUAUAGGGAAUAUGGUGCCAUAGGGGUCUGGUCUAAGGUAGUGCACUAUAUAGGGAAUAGGGUGCCAUAGGGCUCUGGUCUAAAGUAGUGCACUACAUAGGGAACAGGGUGCCAUAGGACUCUGGUCUAAAGUAGUGCACUACAUAGGGAACAGGGUGCCAUUUGGGAUGCAUUCUAUGGGACACAUCCAUGUAAGGAGUUACUCGGCCUCGUAGAGCCUUUCUGAAUGUAUUCAGCAUCUUCAUGAGAAAUUGCACUAGAUAUAUUUUUAGAAGUACGAGAUGUUAGGUCUAGAAAGGGAGGCAGAGCGUGUUGGGCUCCACAUGAUCACACAGGCAGGUCUAAGUAUUAUCCUACACAGAGUAUGUCCAUUAGUAGGGUCUAGGCUAGGGAGAGGAAAUGUGUGUCCACAAUGUGAAAGAGAACACAUCUAAGGGUUAAACACGGUUGCUAUUGGAAUUUCACAUAUAUAUUUUCAACGUCAGUUUCAUGUUCGUUUAUAUCCAUCAUGCAUCCCUCCAUCCAUCAUCCCUCCCUCCAUCAUCCCUCCAUCCAUCAUCCCUCCAUCCAUCAUCCCUCCAUCCAUCAUCCCUCCCUCCAUCAUCCCUCCAUCCAUCAUCCCUCCCUCCAUCAUCCCUCUAUCCAUCAUCCCUCCCUCCAUCAUCCCUCCAUCCAUCAUCCCUCCAUCCAUCAUCCCUCCCUCCAUCAUCCCUCCAUCCAUCAUCCCUCCAUCCAUCAUCCCUCCCUCCAUAAUAUACCAAAUGCCUGUUCCCUUUCCAUUACCAAGGCCUGGAGCAGUGUUUGUUUUAAUGCAUACAUUGCAGGAGUUUGCAUACUGGAUUGGUUUGUAAAUAUUGUGUUCCUGUUUCAAAUAGAGUACAUUCUAUGAAGUCUUGUUAUUAUAAUAAACAUGUCAAAGACAUUGUC